UGUGUUGCCAUAGUAACCAACAGUCUCAGAACACAGACUUUUGGCAGUCGGACCUGUAGCCUCUGACAGUUGGGAUCUGAGGAUUUUUAACAUCCCCAGUUUAUGGCUCUGGAAUUGGCAGCGCCUUUUUCAUGUGGGCAGCCACCAGAGGAGGGCAUGACAGAGCGUGUAAGAUUCCUGAGGUGACACCUGAGAUUUGAGCCCUUGAACUCCAUGGCACACUCAUCCUCUAGCAAUGACGGAACUGACUCUACAGACUGCAGCUCUGAAUCAAACCUGAGCCUCUCUGUGGGCUAUUUCCCCUGUAAAGACACCUCCUACGAGAAAACCAUCUCCCGUAAAGACGUGUCUUCCAAGGGUCCUUCAAUCUUUGUCCCUCCUAUCCAAGGGACAUGGAGAACUGAAAGUACAGGCAGACUCCUGAGGAGACAAGACCAAAUUCAGGACGACCCAAAGCAGUUUUGCAAACUAAGCAUCACCCUGGCCUGGGACAUUGAUGUGGGUUCUAACAAUUCAGAUUCCAUAGUUAACUGGGACAUAAAUGGAGUCAAUUGGUGGGUAGACAAGUACCCUGAAGAGAACACACAACUGACUCUCAGCAAACUGGACGGUCUUGUGCAAAAGUUUGAGAAACUUCUGGAAAACCAGAAAGAUGAUGAUGAUGGCUCUGCAUUCCCUGAAUCUGCUCAGGAGGAAGAUUUCCCAUUGUUCAGCAGCUCCCCUCCAGAUAGAGCUCAGGUCAGUCGUCAAGAACAUGAUACUUGCCAAGACUUGCCCAACCCCUGCCAACACAGAGGUACCAUGCAGUUUCCACAGAUUCCUCUAAGACUUCAGGAACGCGAACUUACUGAGAUGACAAACCAGGCAACUCACAGCCAAAGGACAAGCACUGUAGACACCUCCUCAGUCUCAUCGGGUCAGCCAGAGAAGCCAGAGAAGGAGGGUGCUCAUGCCAGCAUACAGGCCAUCUCCUGUGUGAACCUGAGGUGGGUCUUCCACUGGCUGAGGGAGCAAAUCCUCUCCUCACUUCUCGGGAGACAACACCCGGAGGAGGCCACUGAGUGCCCCAAUCAGCGGGCACGAAAGAAAAGACUCUCUCACAGAGGCAAGAGAAUCCAACCCCAAGAUUCCCUCGAAUUAGGACACCCUCUAUCGCCUGAUAACCUCUAUUCUACAAUCCCCACGAGUUAAUUGUUUUCCAAUAAACACAACACAUGUUCUUA